UUUACCAAAAAAAAAAGUGGAAGAAGCCACACAAAAACAAGCACCCAAAACUGCCUUCGAAAUACCUUUCAACUUAGCUAUGCUCUUCUCCAUAGACUCUCAUGCUCCUUCCUAUGUCUCUAACCUGAAUACAUAUGCUUUCUUCCAUGUACAUCCGCCUUUCCCCAAAGUCCUAUCCAAAGGCAUCCUAGCAGCUUCCAAGUUUUAGUCCCUUCCUCAGAUUUCCUUCAUCCAUGGAUGCAACAAGGUACUGGAUGUGGAGUAGAAGGAAAUUGAGUGAGCGGCCUCUCAGCCCCCGGAUCCCUCCAAUCUCUGCUGGCUCCUCCUACAGCGAGUCGUGGGAAGAACAAGCCUUUGCAGAAGACUCUGCAGGCCACUUGGGUGGCUGCAUAUGGCCUCCAAGAUCCUACUCAUGCAGCUUUUGUAGACGGGAAUUCCGAUCCGCUCAAGCUUUGGGUGGUCACAUGAACGUGCACCGGAGGGAUCGAGCAAGGCUCAAACAAUCUUCAAGCCCUACCAGCGAAGCCAUUGAAAAUAGUCAUCACCAUCAUCUUAAUCCUUGUGUGCCACCGAUACGCGCACCCCAGCUUGGACCUCUGGUAUACAACUCUAACCCUAAACCUAACCUUAAUUGUGGUGUUGUGGAAUCACCUCUCUCUCCUUCCAAGGUCUCAGCAGCUUCCACCCAAGAAAAUUUGAGUGAGCACACCUUAAUUCCUCCUUCACAUUCUUCCUGUGCCAUUCGAGAAAACCUGAAGGAAUCCCUUUUCUCUACCACUACAUCGCCCAAAGCUUCAAUACCUGUUGGACUAUUUGCCAUCCCAGAAUUAAAGCUUGGAAGAGAGAAUUUGAGUUUAAGAGAAGUAGGUUGUCAGGCACGAAGAGAUCCAGAUGAGGAGGAGGAAGAGGCCAUCAGUAUCAAGAAGCGGAGGAUUGAUUCAACAUCUUUCUUCGUGAGACGAUCUUCAGAUGACCGGCCACAAGACCAGGCCGAGGUAUUGAAAUUUAGUCCCAGACCUGUUGAAGAAUUAGAUCUCGAGCUUAGGCUUGGAGAUCCCCCUAAGGUUAAGUAGAAUUGCAUAGACCUUGUGCUUAAAUGAACAGACUUCUUGCCUUUGUAUUCAUCCAUAUCCUCUUCUCCUUAGUUUAAAUUUUUCAUCUUCCUCUCUUUCCUUCUCUCUUUCGUAAAACGCCCUUUUCCAUCUUCAAAUUGAAUGCUUGAAUUUUAAAGUUUCUCUUUGGUCAAAAAAUUUGACCAUAUCGAUGUGUCAAACAGUGAAAUGAGAUUUUAGUUUGUAG